UUUCAUUUGUAUCGAAUUCAUAAUGAAAUUAUUUUUCGUGACACUCAUAAUUUAUGCCGUAGUAAAUCUAGGGACAUACUCUGCUGGUCAAGGUAAUCCACGACUUAUAGUAACUAGAAUAAGCGAUUCAAAUGAUGAUAUCGUUAGACUUAUUAAAGAAUUAGGUGAUUCGCGUGAAUUAGUUAAUAAUAAAAUUAAGGCCAUGGACUUUGGAAUAUUCAGUAAUACACAAGUAAUUAAUCUUCAAAAAGAACUUGACGACCGACGUUUGAAAAGGACUAUCAAUGAUUGCGUCUCUUUAUUUAAUAAUACAAUUAAUAAAUUGAACACGGAAUUAAUUGCCUCUUCAGAGAAGGAUGCCGAUAAAAGAUUUACGUACAUGAUAAAUGAAGCAAAUGGCUUUUUGGGAGAAUUAAAGAUUAUGCUUGCAAAUGUAGAAGGUGAAAAAUUAGACCAUGAAGUAGAAGCUUGUAAAGUUAAUCCAACUGGCUGCUUAAUUGCUAAGUAUUCCACUCGCAUAACUGAAAUUAAUGCUGUUAGCAGAAAUGACCGAUGGCUAAUACAAAGUAUGCCUUUUGAUAUAUAUGUAGCAGUGAUACGACCAUUAUUGAAUAAACAAAUUACGACGGAAAUUUUUAAUCCUGUAAGUGAAUGUAUCAAGCGUCGAUUGGACCACGAUUAG